AUGGGUCGCAGACCCUCGUCAAGUUCGUCGUCCAGCAGGUUCAAGUAUCUGCGACCGUCGUACUACAUCCGGCGACCCCGGCGACUAGGGCUGCUCACUCUGCUCGUCGUCGGGAUCGUCUUUGUCGUCAUGGAUCGCCAACGACAGGCGAAAGAACUCGAGGAACUCGCGACGCAGCUGGAUAGUCUCGAAGUCGAGAAGAGUCACCUGGUUGUUGAGCUGGAGAAGGCUCGCUUGACCGGCAGCGUUUCUGACGCCCAGGCAGGAGGCAAAGCCGCGUCUGUUAAGAAAAACCCUCUUAUUCUCGGUGUAGGAGGGGGAGGGGGUGGUGGCGGCGGUGGCGGAGGUGGGAUAAGUGUAAAUGCAGCACGUGCGACUAGCAAAGUGCAAGCGAGAAAGCUCCUUCCUCUAGAAAAGAUCGUUCAGGCGGGUGCUACAGGGGGGAUGCUGAGAGGAGGCGAGCAGGCUGGGCAAGCGUAUACUGGGGAUGCUAUUAUAAGGGAUCCUGUUACUGGGGAUGCUCAUAGCGCGGAUGUGGAACAGAAGGCGCUGUCAGAGCUGCAGAGACUGGGGAAGCUGGACGACGAUGGGCUGGGAGGCGGGGAAGGUGACAGUAACGAGGGGAAGGCAGCUGAUACAGACCCGCUUGAGGAUGCGGAUUUAGAGGAUGAUGUGGCUGUAGCGGGGGGUGGCAAAAACGGAGGGGGGGGAGGAGGAGUGAGAGCAGGCGGGGUGACGGAAGCAGGGGGAGAGCAGUUGCAGAGUGAGCAGAGGAAGGAGGUAUCGGUGGCUGAGCAACGAGCGGCAGAGAAACAGACGCAGGGACAGGGGCAGGGGCAGAGGCAGGGGCAGGGGGUGUUGUUGAGAGGGCAGGAUGAGACGGAGAGGAGGAGAGAGUCGAUCAAGCAGGGGAUGCUGCAUGCGUGGAGAGGGUACAAGAAGUACGCGUGGGGGUCUGAUGAGCUCCAGCCUCGCAGUAAGACCCCGUCCAAUAACUUCGGAGGCAUGGGGGCGACGAUCGUGGACUCACUGGACACUCUGUUUCUCAUGGGACUGAAGGACGAGUUCAGAGAUGCGCAAAAGUGGGUGGGCGAGUCCCUCAAUUUCAACCGGCACUCCAGCGUCAGCGUCUUUGAAACAACCAUCCGAAUGCUGGGCGGGCUGCUAGCAGCGUACGACCUGUCCGGCGAGAAAGUAUUCUUGGAGAAGGCCAGGGAGCUGGGAGACCGACUCCUGCCCGCAUUCAACACCCCUACUGGCAUCCCAUUUGCCUAUGUCGAUCUGGCCUCUGGAGGAGGGAACGCGCCUGGCUGGACCGGGGGAUCGGCAGUGCUGGCGGAUCUCGGCACGCUCCAGCUGGAGUUUGUGACUCUCUCUCAGCGGACAGGCGACCCCAAAUACGCAAUCAAGGCAGAGAACGUGAUCAGGCAGAUCGAAAAGAUUUUCCCGGAGGAUGGCCUGGUGCCCAUGUUCAUCAGUAUUGACAGUGGAGAGCCCACGAGCAGUCACAUCACCUUCGGGUCCAUGGGCGACAGUUUCUACGAGUAUCUGAUCAAGAUGUGGGUGCACGGGGGCAAGACGCCAGUUGUCAAGAAGUACAGAGACAUGUGGGAGAAAUCUAUAAAUGGAAUGUUUUCCAGAUUGGUACAGCGCACGCCAGACCAGGGGGGGCACAAGGGGUACUCCUAUGUGCCUGAGAUGGAGGGAGGGGGGCUCAUUCGCAAGAUGGAGCACCUCACGUGCUUUGUACCGGGGAUGCUUAUACUGGGUAUGCCGGAGGCGUCGCCUGCGGAUGCGGCCAAGUACCUGGACUUGGCUAAAGAGCUAACGCGAACGUGCUACGAGUUCUACAACAGCACUCCGUCCAAGCUGGCUGGCGAGGACUACAACUUCCACUCUGAUGGACCCCAUCUGCAAGGCCGAGUGUACAACAUCUUGCGACCAGAGGCAGUGGAGGCGAUCUGGUACUCGUGGCGGGCCACCAAGGACCCCGUGUACCGCGAGUGGGGGUGGAAGAUCUGGCAGGCGUUUGAGAAGCACUGCCGCGUGGAGGCAGGCUAUGCCGGCCUCGAGGAUGCGGGGAGAAACCCUCCUCCGCAGGACAACAUGCAGCAGAGCUUCUUUUUAGCAGAGACGCUCAAGUACCUCUACCUGCUAUUCUCACCGGACGAUACAUUGAAUCUGGACAAGUGGGUGAUUAACACUGAGGCACACCCGCUCAAGAUCACUCCUCGUCACACUGACUUUGUCCCUGCUGGUGCUGCUGGUGCUGCUUCUGGUGGCGGUGCUGCUGAUGUUGCUGCUGGUGCUGCUUCUGGUGGCGGCGCUGCUGAUGUUGCUGCUGGUGGUACCGUGGCUGAUGCUGCAGCUGGUGGUGGCCGUGGCACCGGUAUAAUCUUCUCCCAUCCUUCUCACAGUCCCUGCGCGCCGCCCUCCCUAUUCCUCCGCGUCGCCAUGCCAUUCCAGGUCUGCGUCACCCUCAUACUUCCUUCUCCAACGCCCAGACAUGCCCACACAGUGCGCCCAGACAUUCCGUUCCGCAGCGCCCGGAUAUUCCUUUCCGCAGCGCCAGGACAGGAGGAGUCCCUUCUCAAUCGCGCGCACAAUCCCAUCACAAUCGCCCAAACACUCUCCUCCCAAGCGCCCGCACAUGCCCCCCUCCUGCGCGCGCACGUUCCCUUCCCCAUCGCGCGCACGUUCCCUUCACUAGCGCGCGCAACUGCACUCCGCCCGCACGCAAACAUUCCCUUCCCCAGAGCGCGCACAUUCCCUUCCCACCGCGAGCAAUUCCCCUUCCCCGGCGCGCGCACAUCCCCUUCCCCCCGAGGCGUGCACAUCCCCCUCCCCACGCGCGCACAUCCCCUUCCCCACGCGCGCACAUCCUCUUCCCCACGCGCGCACAUUCCCUUCCCCAAGUGCGCACAUUCCCUUCCCCACGAAGGCACACUUCCUUCCCCACGCACGCACAUUCCCUUCCCCACGCACGCACAUUCCCUUCCCCACGCGCGCACAUUCCCUUCCCCACGCGCGCACAUUCCCUUCCCCACGCGCGCACAUUCCCUUCCCCACGCGCGCACAUUCCCUGUUGUCAGCCCGCCCACCUUCCCUUCCCCAGCAUCCUGCAACUCCCCUUCACGCAUUGCGCUUCCCGCUGCUCUCUCUCUUUCCCCCUUGAUUCGCCCCAUGUCCCGGCUGCUCUCUCUCUCUUUCCCCCUUGAUUCGCCCCAUGUCCCCGCUGCUCUCUCUCUUUCCCCCUUGAUUCGCCCCAUGUCCCCGCUGCUCUCUCUCUUUCCCCCUUGA